UCCGCCGUGCCGUGUGGUAAAACUCGAAACGUAAAGUAAAAAGGUGGGCAGAGAGAGCGUUACCAGUUGCCACAGCCGACUCCAUCUCCGCUCGCUGACUGCUCGGAGGCUGACGAGCUCCUCUCCCUCGCCUCACUGUUAUUCCGGAUUCAGUAUUCUUCUUCACUCUCGCCCACCGUCAAUUUCCUUCUCCGGCGAACCCCCGCCCUCAAUCUCGUACCCUUUUCCCCCUUUCCUUCCUCCCACCACCGCCACCGCAACCAUCGUCGGAGCAUACCCCCGACGAAUUUCUGAGGCACGCUUUGUUAUCCUACAAAUUCCGAGACCACUCUCUCUUUCCCUCCCUCUUUUCCUAUCUCUACACUACACCCCCACUGCUGCAACCAAACUGAACUCCCUUUUCCCUUUACUUUGUUUCUAGGGUUUCUCUCACUGUUUGCCGUUCCCUUCCCUUCCCUUCCCCGUCGUUCCAAUUCCCGCCCCGUCCUCCGUUAAUACCAAGCAAUUACUUGAAGAUAGACUAACAGAAGAAUCUCCCAUAGCGGAUCGAAGCUCAUUUGUCCUCCCGCGCUCCCCUUGUAGCUGUGUCUACUGUUGCGACUAUGACAUAUCAACAUAAUUAAGCAAAAGCUUCUGAGAUCGACCAUUGCUACUGAUUGAUGAUUGUGACUCCUCCUCAGUCUCUAACAACUAGGCCGGCAGAUCAUCACCCUCCGCCCCCUUCAAUAUGCAUUUCGCCAAGCUCGACGACUCUCCUAUGUUCCGCAAGCAGGUUUUAUCCUUGGAGGAUAGUGCUGAAUCAUUGAGGGAACGAUGCUUGAAGUUUUACAAAGGAUGUCGAAAAUACACUGAAGAACUUGGGGAGGGAUAUGAUGGAGACAUUGCUUUUGCUAGUGCACUGGAAAGUUUUGGUGGAGGGCACAAUGAUCCCAUUAGUGUGGCUUUCGGAGGCCCUGUUAUGACCAAGUUUACAAUAGCAUUGAGAGAAAUUGGCACGUACAAGGAAGUACUUAGGUCCCAGGUUGAGCACAUGCUAAAUGACAGACUACAACAGUUUGUGAAUAUUGAUUUGCAUGAGGUGAAGGAAGCAAGGAAGCGCUUUGACAAAGCGAGCCUUAUCUAUGAUCAGGCACGAGAGAAGUUUCUUGCACUGAGGAAAGGCACAAAGACUGAUGUGGCCAGUGUCUUGGAGGAGGAACUCUAUAAUGCUAGGUCUGUGUUCGAGAAAGCACGCUUUAAUCUCGUAACAACCCUUUCUAAUGUUGAAGCGAAAAAGAGAUUUGAAUUUUUGGAAGCUGUCAGUGGCACAAUGGAUGCACAUCUUCGCUACUUUAAACAGGGUUAUGAAUUAUUGCACCAAAUGGAGCCAUAUAUAAACCAGGUUUUGACUUACGCUCAGCAAUCAAGAGAAAGGUCCAAUUACGAGCAAGCUGCAUUGAAUGAAAGAAUGCAAGAAUACAAGAGGCAGGUGGAUCGUGAGAGUAGGUCAUCUUCUAAUGGUUCUAAUGGAUCCCCCAAUGGUGAUGGUAUCCAAGCUAUUGGUAGAAGUUCCCAUAAAAUGAUAGAGGCAGUUAUGCAAUCUGCUGCUAGGGGAAAGGUACAAACCAUCAGGCAAGGUUAUUUGUCAAAACGAUCCUCAAACUUAAGAGGAGACUGGAAAAGAAGAUUUUUCGUUCUUGAUAGCCGAGGCAUGUUGUAUUACUAUCGCAAACAGUGCAGCAAACCUUCUGGUUCGGGAAGUCAGCUUACUGGUCAGAGAAAUAGCUCUGAGCUUGGGUCUGGACUUUUGAGUCGGUGGCUUUCAUCUCACCAUCAUGGAGGAGUACAUGAUGAGAAAUCGGUUGCUCAUAAUACUGUGAACCUUCUUACAUCCACAAUCAAAGUUGAUGCCGACCAGUCGGAUCUUCGGUUUUGUUUCAGGAUCAUAUCACCAACGAAGAACUACACUUUGCAGGCAGAGAAUGUGUUGGAUCAAAUGGAUUGGAUUGAGAAGAUAACAGGAGUUAUUGCAUCACUGCUUAGCUCUCAAGCACCUGAGCGGUGUCUUCCUGGUAGUCCUAUGGGAAGUGGUCAUCAUCGCUCAGCAAGUGAGAGCAGUUCAUUUGAAAGUACCGAUUUUGACCACCCUGCCGUUGAUGAGUAUGCAUGUGAGAGAAGCUAUUCCAGUGCACAUUUUGAUCGACAGCUGAGAAGUUCACAACUGCAGCAAAGGCCUUCUGUUGAGAAGCCAAUUGAUCUGUUGCGAAGGGUCUGUGGAAAUGAUAAGUGUGCUGAUUGCGGUGCCCCUGAACCAGAUUGGGCAUCCCUAAAUCUUGGUAUUCUUGUUUGUAUCGAGUGUUCAGGUGUUCAUCGAAACCUUGGUGUACACAUAUCAAAGGUGAGGUCUCUUACACUUGAUGUUAAAGUGUGGGAGCCUUCUGUUUUAGGUUUGUUUCAGUCUCUUGGAAAUGCCUUUGCCAACUCUGUUUGGGAGGAGCUAUUGCAAUCAAGAAGUUGCUUCCAAGCGGAUGUCAUUUCUUCUGGCUCGUACAAAUCGAUUAAACCACAACUUCUUUUCCUUGGGAAACCAAGCCCUGCUGAUUCUAUACCCGUGAAGGAGAAGUUCAUCCAUGCAAAGUACGCAGAAAAGCUUUUUGUUCGGAAACCUCGGGAAAACCAGUAUCUUCAUCAACAGAUGUGGGAAGGGGUUCGUGCUAACGACAAAAAGGCUUUAUACCGUCUCAUGAUUAAUAAUGAAGUGGACAUCAAUAUGGUCUAUGACCAAGCCACAUUCAACCCUUCUCUAACGCUUGCUAAAGCAAUGCUAUUGCAAGAACAAACAGGUGUGGAUCUCUGUUCUGGUUGCUCAACGGGCUCUAUGAACUCGGCUGGAACAAGUGAAGGAGGCCAGAUAGUAGUGGAUGAUGAUCAAGAUGGUUGCACAUUGAUUCACCUAGCGUGUGAGACUGCUGACAUCGGCAUGCUUGAACUUUUACUACAGUAUGGGGCAAAUGUAAAUUCAACCGAUUCAAAAGGCCGGACACCGCUCCAUCGCUGUGUUACCGGGGGAAGAGCAGCUUUUGCAAAAUUACUCCUCGCAAGGGGUGCUGAUCCUCGGGCCGUGAAUGGGGAAGGUAGAACUCCUAUGGAUCUGGCAUUAACGUCGAACAUAGUUGAGAACGAGCUGCUCGCUCUAUUAUCUGACACAAAUGGAUGAAUGAGUGUAUGUUGGGAAAUAGGGCAUAUUACUAUUGUUUUAUUCUUGUAAAGAAUGUUAUUAUGGAAGUUGGCACAGCGGGGGUAGUUGAUUCUGUGCCCUCAUAGUGAAGGAUGUUAGUGAGCAUCCGAGGAUUUGGUGGAGGUGGUGGAAGGUGCUUGAUCAUGUAUGUGAGAAGUUAAUCACGGGCGAGGAUCAUUGAUUCAUUCACCCUAAUGGAAAUCAAGCCCCCGUCCGGUUGAGUACAGAAGUGGUUUUUAGUAGUCUGUUUUGUAAGGGUGGGUUUUGUGGUGGUAUGGUUUGUUUAUUUGUCUUGGGUGUAUUGUAUUGGACCCUAAUCAUGUAGUCGAGUUAUUUUGUUGGUAGGGGAGGAGGGGAGUGAAUACUGGAGUGUGUAAUUUUGGUGUACAUUAUGAUGAUUGGUAUGUGUUGUAGCACUGAAGGUUGUGGUUAUGGCUGUAGUUGUUGAUGACCUGAUGUAUAGAGAUGGAAGGUCCUCUCUCCUCUGCUUGUGUAGUUGUGUUUCAAUUAUCAGUGGUUAAAUUGCAAGUUUGGGCAUCCGAAUUACUAGUAAAG